CUUUCAUCAUCUCUUUCUUAGACCGAAGAGCGAACAUGAUUUGGUCGAUAAUCUCCAUCGCAAGGAUUGUCGUGCUGGGCAUCGCGAUCUUAUUCAGCUUCGUUACCAUUGCUCUCGCUGGGCAUAUGUACAGCGUUACCGGGGCAGUUAUCGUAUAUGACUUUGAGAAUUUGGCCAUCGCCAUUGCCGUACUCACCAUCAUUUCGGCUCCCGUGUUUUUAGUUGUCGGACUCCUGAGGAAAGGAUCUUGGUUCACGAUGAACGUUGUCGAAGUCCCAGUGUUGGGCUUUCUAAGCAUCAUCUGGUUGGCAAACGGAAUCCUUUACACUGAAUGGGACAGUAUCUUGUAUGCGACUCUUCAGUGCAACUCUAAUCGGCUUAGCGCCAUCGGUCAAACAUUCUGCAGAGAAUUCAAAGCUGUCGAAGCUUUCUCGUUCAUCACUUGGAUCGCUCUUUUCGGAUAUGCCGCUGCGACUAUCGUCUUCUGUCUCAUCGGAAAAUCUCGAGGGAAUAACGUUUGGUUGGUUGAUGCGAGUGCUGCGGAUUACUUCACUUGGAAGAAAAACCCCCAGCGUGAUGCAUCGUUCAUGAGCCAGCCUCAGUAUACCGGGACGAUUCCUACGCAAUUUACUGGCCAGACUAUGGGUACGCAGUAUACAGGUCAACAGCCACAGAUGGGUUACGUUCAACCGGUCGUACAACCCCAGUUCCAGCAGAGUCAGGCCUCAGUGCAGGGACAGACUCUGUAUCCUCCUCAGCACAGUUCGUCCCCUCCAGUUCAUGCUCAGGUUUGAAAAAUCAGUCG